GGGGCUCGGGCUCGGGCGCGGCGCGGCGGCGGCAGUGGGCGCCUCCGGCGGGGCGCGACAGCGGGAUCGUGGCUUACAACAGCCGGAGCCAGAGCAAGGAGCCGCUCGUGCUGGCCACGGAAGGACUGGCGACCUGGUACAGCUGUGGGCCGACAGUGUAUGACCAUGCACACCUCGGGCAUGCCUGCUCCUAUGUUAGGUUUGAUAUAAUUCGAAGGAUAAUGACAAGGUUUUUUGGAAUUGAAGUUAUCAUGGUGAUGGGGAUCACAGACAUAGAUGACAAGAUAAUAAAAAGAGCCAAUGAGAUGAAUAUAUCACCAAUAGCGCUUGCUCGUAUUUAUGAAGAAGACUUUAAACAAGAUAUGGCUGCCUUAAAGGUCCUUCCUCCUACAGUAUAUAUGAGGGUGACUGACAAUAUUCCUCAAAUAAUUUCCUUUAUAGAAACAAUAAUAUCCAGUGGACAAGCUUAUGCAACCUCGCAAGGCAAUGUUUAUUUUGAUGUUAAAUCCUGGGGAAGAAGAUAUGGAGUGUUAACUGCUAUUAAUCCUGAUACCCAAGAUGAAGCAGUUGAUUCUGAUAAACGACAUGGUAAAGAUUUUGCCCUGUGGAAGGCUGCCAAGCCUCAAGAGCUAUCUUGGAAUUCUCCCUGGGGAAAAGGACGACCUGGAUGGCACAUUGAAUGUUCCACAAUAUCGAGUGCAGUGUUUGGAAAGCAGCUGGACAUCCAUACCGGUGGAAUAGAUCUUGCAUUUCCUCAUCAUGAAAAUGAAAUUGCGCAGUGUGAGGUGUAUCAUCAGUGUGAGCAAUGGGGGAAUUACUUUCUGCAUUCUGGGCAUUUGCAUGUUAAAGGAAGUCAAGAAAAAAUGUCAAAGUCAUUAAAAAACUACAUAACGAUUAAGGAUUUCCUGAAGAAAUGUUCGUCAGAUCAGUUCAGAAUGUUUUGUUUGCGUGGCAGAUACAGCUCAGCAGUAGAAUAUAGUGAGGAGAGCAUGGAAGAUGCAAAGAACCGUCUUCAGGCAAUCUCCUCAUUUAUUAGAGAUGCAAAUGCUUAUAUAAAAGGACAGCUGGUGUGUGACCCUGUUAGAGAAGACAUAUUGUGGGAAAGGCUAGCCAACACAAAAGCAACCGUGAAGGCUGCGUUUGCAGAUGACUUUGACACCUCCAGGGCUGUUGCAGCAAUUAUGGACCUCAUUCACCAUGGCAACAGACAGCUUAAGGCUGUUACUAAGGAUGCUGGAUCUCCUAGAAGCUCUGUUGUGUAUGGAAGCAUUGUUUCCUAUAUUGAAGGCUUUUUCAAUGCCCUUGGGAUGUCCUUUGGAGAAAGACAGGUGGCUCUGGGAGGAGACAAGUCUGCAGUGCUCUCCAGUGUCAUUGAAGAGCUGGUGAGGUUCCGCUCGAAGGUGCGGCAUUACGCGCUGGCUCUGCCGGGAACAGCAGAUGCUGCGCCACUGGAGGGUGCGGCGGGAGCCGAGGAACCCACACAGGAGCAGAAGGAAAAGAGGAAGCAGUUAAUGCGGGAGAGAAAGCCCCUCUUGGAGGCUUGUGACAGUCUGCGUGGAGACCUUGCUGCCUUUGGAAUCCACAUAAAGGACAGAGCUGCUGUUUCAACCUGGGAAAUUGUGGAAGGAGGGCAAACAGAGAAGCAGACUGAGAAAAAAAUCUGAUCCUUCAUCCUUGGACUUGUUUUUUAUUUCAGCUACUUCAGCAACUGUUGUAAAUACUAAUUCUUUCAAAAUAAAAUCUGUUGAACAGAAUGGCUAAAAAUGAUAGCAUGUAAUUUGAGCAAAA